GCCGCGCCUGGCGUUGGAGCUGCAGCCAGACCCGACUGGGAGCAGCAGCAUCAGAAGCGGCAAGUGAAGGGAGCCUCCAGUCCAGACCCCGCCUUGUGUUACAGGUAGAAAGAACGGAAACCAACUGGCGUGACAAUCAAAAGAUGGAAAAUAACAUAACCACAAUUUCUCGUGAGGAGUUGGAAGAACUAAAAGAAGCAUUCAGUAAAAUAGAUAUUGACAAUAGUGGAUAUGUCAGUGAUUAUGAACUUCAAGACCUUUUCAAAGAAGCAAGCCUUCCCCUGCCUGGUUACAGAGUACGAGAAAUUGUAGAAAAAAUUAUAGCUGUGACAGAUAACAACAAGGAUGGCAAAAUCAACUUUGAAGAGUUUGUAUCCGUUAUUCAGGAAUUGAAAAGUAAUGAUAUUAGUAAAUCAUUCCGAAAAUCUAUAAACAAAAAAAAGGGAAUUACUGCAAUUGGAGGAACAUCACCAAUUUCCAGUGAGGGGACUCAGCACUCUUAUUCAGAGGAAGAAAAGGUUGCUUUUGUUAACUGGAUAAAUAAAGCUCUGCAAGAUGACUCUGACUGCAAACAUCUUCUCCCCAUGAAUCCCUCAGAUGACAGUCUUUUUAAAUCGCUUGCUGAUGGAAUCCUUCUUUGCAAAAUGAUUAACUUAUCCCAACCUGAUACAAUUGAUGAGAGAGCUAUUAAUAAGAAGAAGCUCACCCCAUUCACUAUCUCUGAAAACCUAGAUCUUGCACUGAAUUCUGCUUCAGCUAUUGGCUGUACAGUAGUCAAUAUUGGAUCACAAGAUCUAAAGGAAGGCAAACCACAUUUGGUGUUAGGGCUGUUGUGGCAAAUAAUUAAAGUUGGGCUUUUUGCCGAUAUAGAAAUUUCCAGAAAUGAAGCUCUUAUUGGUUUGCUUAGUGAAGAGGAAGAAUUAGAGCAAUUAAUGAAACUGUCUCCGGAGGAUCUCCUGCUACGUUGGGUUAAUUACCAUCUAAACAAUGCUGGAUGGAAGAAAAUCAGUAACUUUAGUCAAGAUAUUAAGGACUCAAAAGCCUACUAUCAUCUGCUGAAUCAAAUUGCACCCAAAGGAGGCAACAGUGGAGAAACUGCCAUUGCCAUUGAUCUUUCAGGCCUUGAAGAGAAAAAUGAUCUGAAGAGAGCUGAAUAUAUGCUUCAACAAGCAGAGAAACUGGGCUGCAGACAGUUUGUGACCCCAGCUGAUGUAGUUGCUGGCAACCCUAAACUUAACAUGGCCUUUGUUGCAAACCUCUUCAAUACAUACCCUGCCCUGCACAAGCCUGAAAGCACUUCUUAUGAUGUCAAUUUACUAGAAGGAGAGAGUAAGGAAGAGAGAACAUUCCGAAACUGGAUGAAUUCUUUGGGUGUUACUCCUUACAUUAACCAUUUGUACAGUGAUCUUGCUGAUGCUUUAGUAAUCUUCCAGCUCUAUGAAAUGAUCCGUGUACCAGUAGAAUGGAACCAUGUCAACAAACCACCGUAUCCUGCACUUGGGGGUAACAUGAAAAAGCUUGAAAACUGCAAUUAUGCAGUAGAACUAGGGAAGACAAAAGCCAGAUUCUCCUUGGUCGGUAUUGGUGGACAGGAUCUCAAUGAAGGCAACCCAACAUUGACCCUGGCAUUGGUGUGGCAGUUAAUGAGAAGGUAUACUUUGAAUGUAUUAUCCGACCUUGGAGAAGGGGAGAAAGUAAAUGAUGACAUUAUUAUUAAAUGGGUGAAUCAAACUCUUGUAAAUGCAAACAAGAGCACUUCAAUAACUAGUUUCAAGGACAAAUCUAUUAGCACAAGUUUACCUGUGCUAGAUUUAAUAGAUGCCAUUGCACCAAAAGCAAUCCGUCCAGAAAUGGUCAAGAGGGAAGAUCUUUCUGAUUUUGACAAGCUGAAUAAUGCUAAAUAUGCUAUUUCAGUUGCUCGGAAAGUUGGUGCUUGUAUAUAUGCCCUACCAGAUGACUUGGUAGAAGUGAAGCCAAAAAUGGUUAUGACAGUGUUUGCAUGCUUGAUGGGAAGAGGACUGAACAAAGCAAAAUAAAGAAGAUUUCAUGUUCAUAUUUUCUGCCAUGACAAACACAAUGGAUGCCUCAUUGUUUACAGACUAAUGAAAUUUAGUAGCUGUAAAACAAAUAAUUUAUAUGCACAAAUGUGGAGAUGUAUAGAGAUAUUAUUUUAAAAAAAUUAAUUGUUUAUACUUAAGGUUUCAUCUGAAAAGUUUUAUAUUAAGUCAAAAUUUGUGAGCUGACAUUACUGAUGAAUUCAGUAAUAAUCAGGUUAAAGAUUAUUCUGUGUUAUAGUUGUUUCAAACAAAUUUUAUUCAGGCUUUUUUCAUAGUAUAUACAUCUUAACAUACUAUUUUAGGACCUGCUGUGAAAUUAAGACUUUAUUUCUGUGUGUUGCUAACAUGUACCCCCAUGUGUGAAAGACUUUGCAAGUAUGAUUCUAUUCCAAUCCUAUUAUAUUUACUUAAAAGUCAGUGUCCUUGCCUUACUAUAAGAGACUUCUCAAACUCCUGUUGGUAUUAAGGUUGAUUAGUUGAAGGGGCUCAUAUUUUAAUUGGUGUAGUGCAAGUUUAAGAGCAUAUUUGUUAAUGUUUUAGGGCUGUUUGGUUCUGGGAUAUUACUAUACAUAGAAAUGAAAAAAGAAAAGAUGGCCUUCUAACAAUGAGGACCAAGGUAGCUUAAUGAACUCUGUCCCUUUGCCAUAGUUGAAAGAUUGAGGAUGCAGACGUAUUUCUAGGUGCUUAAAAGAUCCAGGCUCAGGGUCUGGGUUCACAACCCCGCUUUUAUAAUUAAACUUAAUCAUUCCUUCACAUAAAUAAUUACAUAUGUGUGUGUUCUUUAAGUCUCUACUAUUAUAAGACCACAUCUAUGGAGGUGGAAGCAGCAAAAAGCUAGAUGAGGCUAGGAGCGCUCUCUCAUGUGUUGUGCAGUUACCUCUGUUGCAGCACUUCCUUUCUGGAACAGGUGAUAGAGCAGGGAGGUGGCCAAUGAGAUCUGGGGCUUUGAGCAAUUCAUUGGGGGCCCAUAAUGACAGCCUUGAUUGCAUGCUUUCUAAUGUUAGUUCCUCCCCUCUCUAGAAUGAAUUCCCUUCAUAUUUCCCUUGCUGGUAUUAAGCAUGGUUAUGUCAAAACCUCUGAUGAUCAUGAUUAAUGUUCACCAAAGUUUGCUGUUAAUCAGGAUUAGAAACCACUGUUGGAAGCUAGCUUCACAAGAGGCUUGUGCUAAUGUAAGUCUUAAUAAUGGUUGAAAUAAAGCACAAGAGAAGAGCACUCCAAAAUGUUCUUUUUUAUAUCUUAAUAUAAAUUAUUUAUAAUAUAAAAUGAAUAAUUUAAUGAAAUAUGCAAAUGUAUACAUAAAUACAACCCCAUGCUGAAGCAAAUGAAUAGGACAGAAUCUGUAGCAUUAAUUUAUUUCAUGUUUCAACGUCAUUAUCAUAUUGCAUUUCUAUUUGCUGUUCAUCUCUAAUCCAUGGUGAAUGGAUGAAAUGCAUUGGCCCCUGAGUGGUAGCUUAUGUUUAUUAAAUAUGUUACCUCAAUAUUCUUAAGAAGUGUUGAGUAUCUCAAAAAGUGAUCUGUACUAAAAUUAUAAAAUUAUGCAUAUGUAUUUAAAUUUACAGUGCAAUUCUAUGCAUGUUUACUUGGUAGUAAGUCUCUGUUCAGUGGGCCCAAGUGUCCAUAGGAUGCGCCCUUUAUUAAUUAUCAGUUAACUAGGUGAUUAAUUAAAACUCUUUCAUUGACUGAUAACCUGGCUUUAAAGAGAGCCCUUGCUUAAGGCCCUCCCUUAAGAUUAAGUAAUCUUAAAUGAGUUGUUUUAAAUAUUUUCAUUCCCUAAUGCUGAGAUUUUUCUGUAGUGAUACUUGCAGUAUCAAGCAACCUCUUGAACAUAUUUUGAUUUUUCAAAUUAAUAAAUAAAUUUGUUCAUAAAUGAUAAAAUUGACAUGUGGUUUCUGUUCUAGACUAAAACUAAAUAAACACAGAUAGAACUGUGGAAAUAUGCAAAACAACAUGUAUGUAAAACAUGUAUUUAUGUAGUAAGAUUUGCAAUAAGAGUAAAUAUCUGAACUCUUAAAAAUGUAACAUUAAAAAGCAAUAAAGAGAGAUGUUAAGUCCA